AUGGAAAAAAGCAGUUACGAAGAGUCAAUUGAAAAUGUGCAAAAUGUUUUGAUUCGACUUUCCUCGGACCUCAAUGUUUAUUUUGUUAUUGUGGCAACGUUGAAUUCAAUAUUACACCCGAUAUCUUAUAUUUUUAUGUCUAGUCAGUAUCGGGAGACAUUGAAAUCAGUUCUUGGAGGAAAACGAAAAAGUGUGAUUUCUGUGCAACCCAGAUUGAGCAGUUUUGUGUCUACUCCGGCAAUGUGUGUACCAUGA